AUGAUCCUCAACAUCCAGCAGCCAGUCUUCGAGGACUUUGUCACGGAUGUACUCGUCAAAGAUCCUAGGGUGGAUCUCCGCAAGGGUGUCUCCUUUGUAUCAUUAGAACAGGACCUGGACGGAGUGACGACAACGGUGGAAGAGCGAGCUACGGGGCUGCGAUUCCAGGUACGGUCGAAAUACCUUAUCGCUUGCGACGGUCCAAGAAGCAAGGUACGCACGUCCUUGGGAAUUGAGAGUGAUGGUGAAGAUUCGUAUGAGACCAUGAUGACCAUCCACUUCAACGCCGACCUUCGGGCUAUUGUCGGAGAACGAGUCGGUAUGCUACAUUGGAUAAUGGACCCCUUGGCCUCAGGAUUCAUCAUCGCAUACGAACUCUCGGGGAAUGCGGUCUUGAUCAGCAACUUCGAUGCUAACUUGAACCCGGUUGAGAGCUGGAAUCAAGAGCUUUGCCGCAAGGUCGUUGUUAGUGCGCUUGGGAUAGACGUACCUUUCGACAUACUUUCGUACCGACCGUGGCUUCUCAGCCGAAAGGUGGCAAGGUCGUACAGGAAAGGAAACGUCUUCUUAGCUGGAGAUGCUGCUCAUUCAUUCCCACCAACGGGUGGUCUUGGGCUCAACUCCGGCUUGGCCGAUGUCCACAAUCUAGCCUACAAAAUUGCAUUCGUCCUCAAAGGUCUGGCUGGAGACAGUCUCCUCGAUACGUACGAGACAGAAAGACGACCUGUCGCAAUUGUCAACUCAAUGCAAAGCGUGAAGAAUGGAAAGCAGAUCUUUGCCCUCUUGAAAACACUCGGGAUUGGCGAGGACGUGGUGGCGGCGAGAAGAAAUCUGUACGCGAACAUCAAGGACCCGGAGAAAAUGAAGGCCAUCGCGUUAGGCAUUGAAGGGCAGAGAGAACAUUUUGACAAUCUUGAACUCCACAUAGGGUAUGUUUACGGCAGUGACACAAUCCCACCACACGCUUCGAGGUAUACGCCGAAGUUCCAGGUCGGUGCCAGGUUGCCGCAUGCUUGGAUACGCCUGCCAUGCAGCCCUCUGAAGCCGGUGGAUGUCUCGUAUGUGGAAGAGUUUUCGCCGGAAGACGUCGAGUUACGCCAAUAUAGUACGCUGGAUCUGUGCGACUUGGACAAACUCACGCUCGUAGGCGAACUGCAGGUUCCGGGGAUCAAGACAUGCGUUCCGGGAAAAGAUUUUGACGUCGUGGGAGAGGCUGGGCAACAGUGGUUGAAGGGUGCCGGCUUGCAGGUUGGAGGAGGUCUGCUGGUCCGUCCUGAUCAGCAUAUUCUGAUGCUGCUGGACGCCGAUACCACAGUGGAAGAGGUGGAGGCUUGUCUGAAACAACAUCUGCAUGGUUAG